AUGUCAACCACUUAUAGACAGGAUGCUGGGAAGAAUAACUACAUGGUCAGUCAAAUUCUGGCAGGCUCCAACUGGUCAAUAGUGUCUGGAAUGCAAGGAUUCUGGUCCCAAAUAUUCUUAUUGCCUAAGCAAAUACUUCACGGAGUAGAGACCAUAUGCAAAAGAUUUCUAUGGAAUGGGGAGGUGAAUAAUAAAGGGAAGGCACUCAUAGCAUGGGAUACACUUUGUUGGCCCAAAACUGCAGGAGGUAAGGAGCCAUGGGAGGUGAAUGUUAAACAAGCUUCAUGGAUAGUUAGGAAGAUUCUUCAGGCAGGGCACUGGCAGGAAGAAAGGGGAAUGCAAGUGGCUGAGAUCAUGAAGACAGAGGGUUUUAGCAUCAAGGAUAGGUACAAAAGUUUGAAAAGGAGAGUACAUUGA